UUUUUGAAAAUCACCAACAGCUUUCAGUUAAUACAAUAAAAAAGAUACCACAGUCUGGCACAGAACUACCCCAAAACAUAUACAGACAGAUUUUAGAUACAUGUGCAGUGCAUGGAAAAAUUUAUUCCAGUUCUAGAAAAAGUACAUUAAAAUGAGGAAAUCAAGUAUUGGAGGAAACAGACUCAGUAGCCAUGGCAGUAGUAGUAGCAGACGGUCAUCUUCAGCUGUGGCACCUCUCAGAGUUCGUAAUGACAACACACAUAAUACACAGCAUCAGAGUAGACUAUCCUCUGGAACCUCUAGGUUGUCAUUCGGUAGAUCUGCUAGCAGUGGUUCAGGGAAGAGUCCCCUUGGCAGAAUAGGAAUGCCUAUGGGAAGGUUGUCGAGAGGUAGUAGUGCUGGUCUCCGUGGACAGAACUGUGUACCAAAGGACCCUAGACCUGUAUCGGACAAAUUAUUCCAGAGAAAUUGUAUAAAGAAAUUAGUAGAGUUUUUAUCUGAGAAGUUGUACCCUCACAGUAUAUCUGACAAAUUACUGCAGUCUCCAACAAGCAAAGAUUUCUUCAGGAUAUUUGAGUUCCUGUAUGGAUUUCUAGUUCCAAAGUUUAAGUUGGAUAAGAAGCCAGAAGAACAGAUACCUAAGAUAUUCAAGCAGAUAGGUUAUCCAUUCAUGAUUUCCAAGAGCCAGAUGUUUGCCUUAGGAUCUCCACACACCUGGCCACACAUUUUGGCUGCAGUCUCGUGGCUUGUGGACCAUAUACAUGCGGGAGAAUCUCUUUCAAGCUGUAUAGAUAAUAUCAUGUUUCCUCCGGAUGACGACUUUGACACAAAGUCUGAGAAGAAGAUAGAGUUUGAUUACAUAGAGUCUACAUAUGUGGCCUACAUGAGAGGACAAGAUACAUUUGAAGAAUAUGAUGAUAAACUGGCUGAUGUUUUAAAACAGAAAUAUUAUGGUAUAUCUGGAGGGAAAGAGACUUUAGAGAAUGAAAAUAGAAGGUUGUUACAAGAAAUUGAGGUUCUGGAACAAGAUAGCGAUAAAUUAAGAAGUUUACAAGAAAAAGAGCAUUCUCUAAAGUCUGAUAUACAGAGAUUUGAGUCCUAUCUCAAUGAAUUAGAGAUUCACAGACAAAAUCAAGAAAUUGUUUACAAAGAGGCAGAGGAUACACAUACGAAUACAGCUGCAGAAUAUGAUGAAUAUUUACACCAGUUACAGAGAAUGAAGUCAAUUUACGAGACUCAAGAGUUUAGUUCUGCAGACAUUGAUAGAAUCAAGGCUAGUGGCAUGGAGUUAAAACGUCAGAUUGAUGAGAUGGAGAAUAGAGGGGCAAGUGUGGACCAGGACAUCUGGAGUGUGGAGAUGAAACUUUCCAAGGAGAGAGAAAAGUUUGAACAGAGCUUACUACAAUAUAAUAAACUAGCCCAGCUGUUAAAGUCAUCAGACGUUGACUUUCAGAUUGGUUUCUUGGAUGCCAGUGCUUUAGAACGGCUUAGAGAUGUAAUCAAGCCUGCUGUUGUCAAGUGUAGUAAACAGUGUCAGGAUACCAUCAUAAAGAAAACAUCAGAAAAAAUCACCAAUCUUGAUUCACUAGAGCAGUUAACAGAAUAUGUAGCAGAGUGUCAAGAUGAAGCGGAUUCUGUGGAGAAAAAAAUCAAACUGAUAGACGAGGAAAUUAACAUUAAAAAACAGAAUUACCAACAAGAAAUACAGAUAAAAAUACAAGAGGAAGAAGUAAUGCAGCGAGAAAUAAUGGAAAUGCAAACCCAAUGGAAAACAUCUGUACCUGAUGCUAAAAAAGAUUUAGUACAAAAAGAACAAUGGGCAGCUCAAAAGAGAAGGGAGAUCAAGAAGGAAGAGAGCCAGUACUUGGACUUUUUGAGAAAAGUAGUAGAAGAAGUUAUUGAUCAUAAAACCAAAAUUCAGGAAAGAUUAGAAACAAUGUUAAAAGAUGUGACAACCUACAGAAAAGAGUGUGAAAAAGAAAAAUGAUAGAACUGAAGAAAUUUGUCUUGAUGAGCAUGUCUCUUAUCUUACAACAAUACUUGAUAUUAAUUUCUGACUAUAGUGAAGUUUGUCACAGUAAAGAGGAACAAAUGUUUAUAUGUGUAUAUACUAAACAACAUGAAUUGUAUUUCCUUUCUUGUCACUAUGAACCAAUCUUUUAAUUUAA